AUCACAGAUGUUGAGUCCCGAGGAGAAACGCUCUCACGGACAGACAACGUCUAGAUGAAUUAUUUCGCAACAUCGAGUUAGGAGAUCAGUCAGCCGUGAGCAUGCUGACAAGAAUGAAACAAGUCGUCGGCCAAUGUCAGUUCGACGAAGGACUGUUUAGAGAACUCUUCUUAACCAAGUUGCCACAAUCUGUACAGACCGUACUUGUGACACUUGAGGGUACUGUAAUAGAGGACUUAGCUAUUACUGCAGAUAAGAUCCUAGAAAUAACUAAACGGUCUGUCCCCGAAAUAUGCUCAAUGACUAAGCAGACUUCGAGUGAGGAUCCUGCAAUGACAGAGUUAUGCAACUCCCUUCAGCAGAUGUUUAGGUCAAACACACAUUCUAAAUCCUCCAACCGUCGUCCUAAAUCUCCUCAACGCAGGAACUCGCGUGGUCGAUCUAAGUCCAAACCACGUUCACUGAAAAACCCUGACUGGUGCUGGUACCACAACACCUAUGGCCAAGAAGCGAAGUGUUGCCGUAAGCCUUGUAACUUCGGAAAUGUCUCAAAGUCUGUGGGAAACUAUCCCGCCGGCACGCGUUAGCGGCAACCGUCGCCGGUGGCACUAGCCGCCUACUUUACAUCCAUGAUGUGAUAAGCCAGACUCGAUACUUAGUCGACACAGGCGCCGAAGUCAGCGUCCUUCCUGCUACAGCAGCAGAUCGACAGAAGGAACCUACCUUCAACUUACAGGCUGCAAAUGGAAAACCAAUCGCAACCUUUGGUAGGAAAUACGUCUAUCUGAACGUAGGUUUACGCAAACCUAUUCGGUGGAUUUUCCUUCUCGCUGACGUUACAAUGCCCAUCAUUGGCACGGACCUACUUAAUCAUCA